GUUAUACGUGGAAGAUGGUUCAUGAUGUUCGCUUCCUUCUUAAUCAUGGCCGGCGCCGGCGCAACUUAUCUAUUCGGCGUUUAUUCCAAAGAGAUUAAAGCAACUCUAGGCUACGAUCAAACAACUCUCAAUAUUCUAAGCACAUGCAAAGACCUCGGCGCCAAUAUCGGAGUCCUCUCUGGGCUCCUGGCCGAGAUUGCGCCUCCCUGGUUUGUCCUCCUCGUCGGUGCUGCCAUGAACUUUGCCGGGUAUUUCAUGAUCUGGCUCGCCGUGAUGAGGAAAAUCGCCAAACCGAAGGUUUGGCAAAUGUGUAUGUACAUUUGUAUCGGCGCAAAUUCUCAGAAUUUCGCCAACACGGGCUCACUCGUUACUUGUGUUAAGAAUUUUCCUGAGAGUAGAGGCAUGAUGUUGGGGAUAAUGAAAGGAUUUGUGGGAUUGAGUGGGGCGGUUUUUACUCAACUUUAUCUUGCAAUUUAUGGGAACGAUGCGAAAUCUAUGAUUCUUCUUAUUGGGUGGCUGCCGGCCUUGAUUUCUAUAGUGUUUGUUUAUACUGUCAGAACGCUGAAGGUUUCUAGUCAUCCGAAUGAGCUUAAAGUUUUCUAUCAAUAUCUUUAUAUCACAAUUGCAAUGGCUUUGUGUUUAAUGGGAUUAACCAUAGCUCAAAAACAAGUUGAUUUUUCACAUUAUGGUUAUGUAGGAAGCGCCAUUGUUGUUUGUGCUUUCAUUUGCAUGCCUCUUUUGAUAGCAUUUAGAGAAGAAUACGCCACUUGGAAACUCAAAAAACAUCGGGCUCCGGCUCCUACAAGUAUUGUUGUUCAUGAACCAGCGAAAAAAUCUGAAAUUUCAGAGAUUGAAGAAGAACCACAAACCCAGAAUAAAGAAGAUCAUGAUGAAGUUCCAUGCUGUGGGAACAUUUUCAAGAAGCCGAAGAGAGGCGAAGACUAUGGAAUUUUGCAGGCGCUUUUGAGUGUGGACAUGUUGAUUCUUUUCAUGGCGACAUUCUGUGGACUCGGCUGCAGCUUAACUGCAAUGGACAAUCUCGGCCAAAUCGGUGAAUCUUUAGGCUAUCAACAACACGUAGUCAACACAUUUGUUUCACUUGUCAGCAUUUGGAAUUACUUCGGCAGAGUUUUCGCGGGCUUCGUUUCCGAAAUCAUUCUCUUAAAAUACAAAGUCCCCCGCCCUCUUAUAAUGGCAAUCGCCCUGAUCCUCUCCGCCAUUGGCGACCUCCUAAUCGCAUUCCCCAUUCCGGGUUCAGUCUACAUUGCUUCGCUACUCGUGGGGUUCUCGUUUGGGGCGCAAUUGACGCUGCUUUUCAUCAUCAUAUCGGAGCUUUUCGGGUUGAAAUAUUACUCGACGCUCUUCAACUGCGGCCAACUGGCCAGCCCGCUCGGCUCGUAUGUGCUCAAUGUGGUUGUUGUGGGGAGAUUUUACGAUAGAGAGGCGAUGAGGCAGCUUGCGGAGAAGGGAUUAACGAGAGCGAUGGUGAAGGAGCUGACGUGCAUUGGGAAGGAAUGUUACCGGCUCUCCUUCUCCAUUCUCGCUGGUGUUAACGUUUUCGGAGCUCUCGUCACGUUUAUUUUGGUGAUGAGGACUCGUAAAUAUUAUAGCGGAGAUAUAUAUGAGAAAUUCAGGAAAGAAAUUGCUGCUAAUGAGAAGAAAAAUCAAAUAAAAACAAAAAAUUGUGGAUAA